UUGGAAUAGCUGGGCCCGCAUGUCAGGCCUGCCUGUGAGUUAUAGGACCGUACGGUGUCCUGUCUGCUGCAUAAUAAUGGCAUUGCGUUUGGAUUACUGUACAUUUAAAGUCCGUUUUGUUUCGACAGGCCGUUAACAGAACCAGCGCCUUCUCUGCUGAGGCGAGUGUGACUGACUGGCAGCAUCAGCAGCAGCAGCAGCAUCAGCAGAAGCGAUGCGCUGCCGCUGCUGCUGAUGCUGCCGCUCGGUGUCUGUCCUCUGGUUGGGAACAACACAGACGUAGGAGGCGCCGUGUUUCGCCAAAAAGACGAAAACAGCCUCCAGUAUGUCAGCCAGAGCAGGAAAGAAGAAGGCCACCAAGCUUUCCCGCUCCACCAGAGCGGGUGUCAUCUUCCCUGUGGGGAGGAUGAUGAGGUACCUUCGCACCGGCACACACAAGUACCACAUUGGCAUGGGGGCCCCCGUGUACAUGGCAGCUGUGAUCGAGUACUUAGCAGCUGAGAUCUUGGAGUUGGCAGGAAACGCAGCCCGAGACAACAAGAAAGGCAGAAUAACUCCGAGGCACAUCAAACUGGCAGUGGCCAAUGACGAGGAGCUCAACCAGCUUCUUCGUGGGGUGACCAUUUCAAAUGGAGGUGUUCUUCCUCGCAUCCAUCCAGAGCUGCUCUCAAAGAAGAGGGGUAUUCGGGUAAAAGUGGACAAACAGGUAUCGGUUUUUGAGAAGCAAGAAGAGUGCUCAAAGAGCAAAAAACCUGGGAAAUGCUUCAAGAAGGCCAACGGCAGACAAAGGCUCAACUCAGUCAGUUCAGCAUCACAACACAGAAGUGGUACCAGCAAGGUUCACAUAAGACUUUUCACUGUGAAUGCAGCUUUCCCAGGUAUAUUGGGGGAGAGGAGCUGAAGCAGAGCGCUUUGGAGUAGUUUCCCAACACCUGAGCUGUUGAUUAAAGUUUUGCCUUCCAUGCAGUGCAGUUAUUUUGCACUAUAUUACUUUUAUGGUUUGACUGGAAUAAACACAUUUAGUCGAGGUACGAUCACACUGUGUGGAAAUGUAUCUCUGCAUUCGACCCAUUCCCAUGGGGUGAAGGACAGCUUGCACAUAGGCUGUAGUUAAAGACUGUGUUAAUAUCCUAACAAGGUCAAACCAGUGAUGGGUCAUCUGUGAUGGGCUUUUUUUUCUCAGGCACAGGGAUGUUGACGCAUCCUGGGAGGGCAGACAAUAACUGAUUUGCAUUUAAAUUAGAUUGUAUAGGUUUAUCUAAUAAAGUGGACAGUGUGUGAAGAUUUCCAUAGAAAGCCAAGUCCUAUGCACCAGACCCUACUAAUCAAUGAACACAAAAAUUUAUAUUUACAGUACCAAGUGCUUGGCAGUCAGUUUGUUUUCCUUAGCGUCAGCUGCGUUAUUUCUUAUUUUGUAAAGGACACAGAACGGAACCAGGACUCUGUACCAAACUCCACAGCAGAAGACGGUCCUGGAGAUGGCUUCACUGUCCUGUCAGCAAAGAGCCUGUUCCUUGGACAAAAAGUCUGUGCAAAAAAAACUUAGAUAGUCCGAUAGAAGGCAGUACAUUAGUCUAAUACAGUGAUUCUCAACUGGUUGCAAACCUGUUUCCAGCGGGUCGCCGGCCUUUGCCAGGCUUUUUUUUAUAGGUGUGCCAUCUAUUCACACUUCUCAACAGUAGGUGGCGAUUAUGCCUUGUAAUGUUAACUGGCACCCACUGUUUGAUGCAUAGAAGAUGACUCACAUACGCUAAUUGAACAUGGUGAAGUGCAAGUAUGAUUCUCAAAAAAACUGAUACUUAAGAAACUGAAUUUUUCCAUAAAACUUGUUGAUUGUCACAGAUUCAGUGAGUAUUUUCAGGUAAAACUACAUAGUUUAAGUCAAUGUAUUUUAUGUGAACCAUAUCCUGGUAAAAGUUAUUUCAUUUAGAGAAAAUGUUGCUAAAAUCUUGAUAAUAUAUCAGCCCUAUGAUUAAAUGUGUUUGAAAAGUUUCCUCGAUUUGGAUCACGGCUUGUCAUUAAGGAGUGAUGAUGGGUCCUGAAGCCAGACCAGUUGAGAACCACUGGUCUAAUAUGUAUCAGAAUAGAGUAGUAUUCACAUUUGUCAUUACACAUGUACAAGUAUUGUACAUGGUAACCGGUGGUCCCAUUCCCCGGUGGAGCAGUGGGCAGCCAAUUACAGCGCUCAGGGAGCUAGUGUUCAGUGUCUUGCUCAAGGACACACCUGGUGCCAGAAGCAGACAUGGAACCGACACCCUACCUAUA